ACUGACAGUUGGGGGUGAGCCAUCGUUAAACGUACACGGUUCGUGCUAGAAUUUGAGAGACAGAGUUUCCGAACAAUCAUUGUUAUCGAGGAAUCGUCGCAAUGGAAGACCCCGUAAAUGUUUCAACCAGCCCAUCUACAACACAGCCUUGCCAGUUGUCUGAAGGCCAUAUCAGUGGAUUGUUGUCCGUAAACAUCUUAUCAAUGAUUAUUGGCACAAUUGGUAAUUUAUUGGUGAUCGGAACAGUUUUCACGAAUGCCAGUUUACAGAUCAUUUCCAAUUACUGGUUAGCAAGUAUGGCUGUGGCUGAUUUGAUGGUAACUGCACUCAGUCAACCAUUGUUUUCAGUUUUCCUUGGCCUACAGUUACGCGACGAAUGCCACGAAUUUGUUUCCCAGGCGUUCCGUCUGAUCGCCAACAUGUCAUGCUCUGCGUCUGUUCUUCAUCUCUGCCUAAUAAGCAUUGAUCGGUGCUUGGUGAUUCUGCGGCCGCAUGAUUUUCGAAGCUACCGCACGAAAAAACGAUUCAAAAUCGCCCUGGUUUUCUCGUGGACUUUGCCGGUAAUCUAUGGGAUCUUACGUCUGACAGUGAGCAAGAAAGGUACUUCUUAUUUCACAGUCGCAGCUGUUGGCAUCUGUUAUCUGAUUAUCAUUUUGUGUUACAGUUUAAUCAUUUUUAGAGUCCGAAAACAAGGUUCGGCGACUCUCAAGCGGUUGCGUGGACAGUCACUUAGGGGUACACCUUCUGAGCACAUGGUUGAGCGUCGCGUGACGGUCACAAUAGCCAUAGUUGUCGUUAUUUUCACGAUUUGUUGGUUUCCACUCCUUUACCUGCGCUCUGUGUUUGCAGAAGCAAAUUUUGGCGUGUCUUAUAACUGGGCUAGGACACUGGCUUUGAGCAACUCUUCAAUGAAUCCCUGGAUAUAUUGUUUUCGUAUCGCCGAGUUUCGUGACGCUUACAGAAGAUUAUUAAAAUGUCAGUGGAAACCAGGCACAGUGUGUCGCGGUGGAGUAGGAGACCGAGAUCAGAACGAUCUAGAAACAACAAAAUCCAGUGAGUUAGACACUCAAAAUGCAGUUUGAUCUGACUACUUCAUGUCUGAGCUUCUCGCUUAAAAUAACUAUGAGAACUAUAAGAUAUUCUAUGGUGGUUGAGGUAAAAACUUUAUACGACAUUCUCUUCAGUCAGAGUGUAGUUUAAAAACAACAUUUCGGUUUUGAGUUAUAUUUUGAUGAUAUUAUGUGAUCACUUUGUACAAACGUAACAGAAGUAGUUGAAUUUUUGAACAAUUUGUAACCAUGAAAAGAAUAUGACGAUAGCAUCCUUCCAGAUUAAUAUUCUUUUCAGAUGACUGUUUAUUAUAUAUUAGUUGUUCUCUGCUGUCACGAAAUGAUAAUCACAAGCAAGGGUGUGCCUAAAGCUUUCCAAAAAAAACUAACGAACGAGACAACAAUCGGUUUAUUUUUUCCGCGUCGUCUCGAUUGGGAUUUUAACAAGUUACUUUUUUCGUUUUGUGUUGGGAUUUAUGUCCCCUUACAGUUGUAUUAAGUUCGGAAAGCUACC